ACCAAUGUCAAAUUUUACGUAAACUACCGGUGUAGCGGUCUUUUAAAUAUCUUCUAAAGACCGGUAAUCGAAUUUGUAAAUGCCACAAACGAGCUAUGUAUUGUGUUAACAUCAUUCAAUCAAUUUCUAAUCACAAUUACUAUUUCUCACCUCAUCACUGAUUUUGAGUAGUAAUGUCGACGCAAAGUGGCAAAGAGAAGAAAAGUUCAAAACAGAGGGAAGAUGUCAACCUGCACCAGAUCGAUUCGCAGUUUGGAAUGCUUGGAGUGGUCAUGAUGCUUUUCUGUGGAACAAUCUCCAGUUAUAUGCUUACUUCACUCCCCAAUGCCCUAACACGUAAUGAUUUGGAGAGAUAUCCAGGAACAUUCAUUGCAGAACGAGCAUGGGAAAAUUUGAAAGUGCUCAAUGGCAUCGGUCCGAAACCCACUGGAAGCGAGGCUAACGAAAAACAUGCUGCUGAGUAUAUCAAGCGCGAAAUUGAGCUGAUUCGUGCUAGUAAGCACAUGAGCCAACAAUUGUUAAUCGAACAUCAAGUUGUGAGUGGUGGUUAUCCGAUCAUAUUCAUGGGAAAUCCUUUAACCAGCCUGUACAAGAAUAUUCAAAACUUGGUAGUAAAAUUGGUUGGCGAAGGUGGUAAUUCAACUAGCCCUGCACUUAUGCUUAAUUGCCAUUUCGAUACCGUCGCCAGCAGUCCUGGGGCAAGUGAUGAUGGUGCAAGUUGUUGCGUAAUGUUGGAAAUUAUGAGAGUGCUUUCCAGAGAGCCUCUGCGACAGAAACAUUCUAUAAUUUUUCUCUUCAAUGGAGCAGAAGAGACUCCACUCCAGGCUGCGCAUGGAUUUAUCACUCAACAUCCAUGGGCGCAACAAGUGAAAGCAUUCCUGAAUUUGGAAUCCGCAGGAUCAGGAGGAAAGGAAGUGCUCUUCCAAAGUGGACCGCAGCAUCCGUGGCUGAUAGAUGUGUACGCUCGUGCGAUACGCUAUCCUUUUGCUCAUGCAGCUGGAGAGGAGAUAUUCCAAUCGGGUUUAAUUCCCUCGGAUACUGACUUCAGAAUAUUUCGUGAUUUCGGGCAUGUACCAGGGAUGGAUUUUGCACAUAUGAUGGAUGGUUACCGUUAUCACACUAAGUAUGACAAUAUCGACUAUUUGACAUUACCUGUUCUGCAGCGUACCGGCGAUAAUAUUCUUUCUCUAACAAGGGCAUUCGCUAAUAGCGAGGAGUUAGCCAAUACUUCAGUUGAAGACAACUCGAAAGGUUAUAAGGUUUUCUAUGAUUUCCUCGGUUUAUUGUUUGUGUGCUAUUCAAAUGAUGCUGCUGUAACUAUCAAUAGCUUGGUUUCAAUUUUGGCUAUUCUGGUACCGUAUUUCGGACUUAGUCGUUCUACACAGAAUCGUAGGGAAGCAGCUAUUAUUAAAGAAGCUUUCUGCGGCUUCGUCGCCACUGUUGGAGGUUUAAUAAGCAGCGUGGCUGUAUGUCUGCUGAUAGGAAGACAACUGGACGCCAUAGAGCGCGCAAUGUCAUGGUACUCAACGCCAUAUCUAAUUCUUGGGUUGUAUUGCUGCCCGGCCUUAUUAUGCCAUUGUUUUUCCCAGUUAAUUAGCAACCGAGUUCUCAGUGAUAAAAAGAUUGUACUCAAUUUAUCCGAGGUCAUCCAAUCUCGUCUUAUCGGAGUCAAUGCGUUUUGGGCGAUAGUGGUGAUAUUGCUAACGUUCCUAGGUAUUCGCAGUAGUUACAUCUUCAUGGUUGAACUUCUUCUCUCACUCAUGUCGUCGCUUGUGACAGUAGUGUUGAACUAUCAGAAGACCGCCCGCAGAUGGCUGGCGGUGCAUUUAUUUUUCCAGAUAAUUACAAUGCUCUGGGCAACACAAUUUUACCAUAUGUUCAUGAAACUCUUCAUACCAAUAACCGGUCGAAUCGGGGGCAGCAAAAACCCCGAAUACAUGAUUGGAGCGAUUGCUGCGCUUUGUGUUCUGUUGAUUGGAAGUUUCAUAAUGCCAUUGGUUGGGCUGCUGAAGAAGGUAUCCGAACUGACUACCCGUUUAACAGUGUUCAUGCUGAUUGCGGUAUUGUUGGCGUGCUUCACCCAGGUUGGAUUUCCAUAUCGUGAUGAUAGCACCAAGGAACCUACCGUUCAGAGGCACUACGUGACGCAUGUCUUGCGGAACUACUAUGACGAGUUAGGUCAGCUUAGAAACAUAGAUUCUGGCUUCUUGUUCCGCGAAAUGGAUAGGAAUUCUCAUCGAAUGAUUCGUGGCGUUACGAGCCCUGAAAAGGCGAUUCCUAUGCGUAUGAUGGACACCUGCGAAACAGAACUUUUCUGUGCUGUUCCUCUGUACUCUAUAAUACAUCAGUUACGAUUCGACAAUUACUGGCUUCCGGGACUAGCACCCGUAAUGAAUACAUCGGUUACCCUGGCUAAACAAAGCAUUGAACAAAAAAGUGAAAAUACUAAACGAGUUACAUUUACUAUUGAUGGAAGCAUUCAGUCUUCAAUCAUCAUUGGUCCAAAAAAAGGUAUCAACUUGACUGGAUGGAGCUUGUUGGAAAGUGUCACUCCGCCUACCAUAUUCAAUGAUCAGAGGGCUCAUUUCGUUCUGAUCACACACGGUCUUCCCGGAGAGCCUUGGAAUAUAACGAUGGAUUUUCAACAUUACGAUGACGUUCAUGGUGGGCUUCUUGCUGAUAUAAUUGUAGUUACCACUUUCUGGGAAUACCACAAAUUACACACGGAAGAGUUCAAUGGUCUAAUAAAUAAGUUUCCCUCGUGGGCACACGUGAUACCAUCUGUUGCUGCUAUGAAUAUUUAUGUAGUUUAAUACAAGUGAUUUGUCGAAGAAA